UUUAAAGUGUCAUGUUUCAAACAAAUUUGAAUGCAGAUGUUCAAAUGUGUCGUCAAAAUCGAGUAGAUACUGUAUUCCAUUGUUAAAUGUAUGUGGUAUAAAUAUGAUGAGACCAAAUGGAAAAACGCCUAAGUUUGACGACUUUAUUCAUCAAUAUAUGAUAAUUAUGGUCAUCGUAACUGUGGUUAUUGCCGAUAACAAAACCAUGUUCAAAUGUCCGGGGCCUUCGCAAUGGAAAUUCAGAGCAAAGAGUAUGUGUAACGAUACAGAAAAGUAUAUAUGUCUUUUGGACGAAAACGGACAAAAGGAUGAAGAAUUCUGUGGAUCAUGGCCCGAUUUUGAAAAUCCUGGAUACAAACAGAUAUUGCUAGGCGGAACAACAAUAAAACCUUGUUCAGAAGACAGAUUCCAACCAUUUAUAUUCUGGACUAAUGGUAGUAGCAGAUGUGUGUUUAAGAAGGAAAAUUGUAACCAAGAGGGACAAGUGAUUCACAGCAAUGGAACGCUACAAACAAACAGAAUGUGUCGCUGCGACUACACGAAAAACUAUGACUUUGUUUUUAAACCAAAACAUGGUUGUUUUUGUCUACCUUCCGAAGAGGAUUGUUCGUGCUAUGUGAAGCCCUGUCAAAUCGGAUAUAGUUUGACACAAGAUUAUGAAUGCCUGAAAGAAUCGAAAUUGAAGUACAACUGUCCAGAAAUUUACAGAUAUUCAACUGACAAUCAAGUAACGAAAACAGCAAUCAUAUCAUCAGAUGAACAUGUGACUCCGGCAGGUAAUAUAAGUAAACUUAUCACACAUACAUUACACAGUACUGAUUAAGUGUAUUUAGUAACUGAAUACAAGGCCGUACGGUGACCUAUAGGUGCUUUCUUCUACGUCAUUUUUUCACUUGUUAAUAGUUGUCGCAUUGGCGAUCAAACGACAUCUUCUAAUUUUCAUUGGUAAAUUCAACAGAAUAUGAUCUGUAUUCUGUUCAGGUAUACAUGCAUAUUUGCGAAAAUUAGAUAUUGGUCACAUAUCAACUGUUUCAAACAACCAAA